AUGGAUAAACUCAAAUCGGUUUUAAGCGGUGAGGAAUCACGCAGAGAUGAUAGGACAAUUUUGCAGACUGUGAACGAGGCGUCCACGCUGGGAUGGGGGACUCGGGUGAAAGGAUUCAUCGCCUGUUUUGUGGUCGGGGGAGUGUCCGCCAUUCUCGGUGUGUGUUUACUUUUCCUCCCUAGGAUUGGCCUCAUCCUCUUCAUAGUUUUCUACACCUUUGGCAACAUUUGUACUCUGUGCAGCACCAUGUUUUUGAUGGGCCCCAUGAAGCAGCUGAAAAGGAUGUGUGACAAGACAAGAGCACUGGCGACCACCAUCAUGCUUACUUGUCUUGUGUUGACGUUGUGUGCCGCUUUCUGGUGGAAAAACUUUGGCCUGGCGUUGUUGUUCGUCAUCCUGCAAGUGUUGUCGUUCAGCUGGUACAGCCUUUCGUACAUCCCGUGUGUCAGGGAUGCCAUUUUGAGGUUGGUGGCCAUGUGCAUGAAAUGA